AUGACCAAUUCCAGGGAACAUGCAACAAUCAAUGGUCUUCCUGAUUCCAUGCUAGCAUGCCAGAUCCUCGAGUUUAAAAAACCACACCAAAUAAGAAGGAUCCCUACCCCUGACACUCUUCAGCCUCAUGACCUCCUUCUCAAAAUUGCGGUUUCUUCUCUCUGUCAUUCUGAUUUGGAGUACCAGAAUGGCACCCUCAACUGUACUCUUCCUGUCACCGGCUCCCAUGAAGGCACUGGUGUCGUGAUCGCCAAAGGAAACGCCGUGGCUCGGUUUGUCAUCGGUGAUCGAAUCAUGGCUGGGCAAACAUUCGACCGCUGCGGAGAAUGCGAUGAUUGCAAAGGACCAGAGAAUUACCAGCAUUACUGUGAACAACAGGGCCCGAUGAUGAGCACCCAGAGGAAUGGUGCCUUUCAAGAAUACCUCGUUGUCGAUGCACGACAAGCGUGUCGGAUCCCGGAUCAGAUGUCGUUUCUUACUGCUGCUCCUCUUGCUUGCGCUGGCAUCACCAUCUGGAGAGCAUUGCUGCAUGCAGAGCUUAAACCAGGUCAGUGGCUUGGCAUUGUAGGAUCGGGAGGGGGACUUGGCCAUCUUGGAGUCCAAUUCGCCAAAGCCAAAGGGUUGAACGUGAUUGGGACGGACGCUCGAGACGACGGGCUCUCUCUUUCUCGGGCGGUUGGUGCAGACUUGGUUCUUGAUGCGCGACUGGGGAAGGAGGAGAUAGUUCGCCAGGUUUUCAAAGCCACUGAUGGCAGAGGCGUCGAUGCCACUGUCACAGUGAGCGAUGCUAAACCUGCAAUAUCAACAGCGUGCGCCAUUACAAGGAGACACGGCACAAUGGUGUAUGUUCCCGUGGGCCACGAAGUGUGUAUCCCAUUCCAGGAUAUGAUAUUUCGCGACAUCCGCGUAAAGGGCUCAUUUCUGUGCUCUCCAAAGGAGGCCGAGGAGAUGUUGGAUAUUGUUGUCAAGCAUAAUAUUAAAGUAAAUACCAACAUCUUCUAUGGUAUUGAGGAGAUUCCGAAAGCGGUCGACAUGCUCCGCCGUGGGAAAUACCAGGGUAAGGGCGUGAUUGUCAUUGAUGAGGAUGCUUUGAAGAGGAAGUAA